AUGCAGCCUCCUCCACGAAAGCUUGUCAACAUUGAUCAGAUCAUCGAAAACGCUACGCUGGCAGAGAAAGUGUCGUUGCUUGCUGGCUCCGACUUUUGGCACUCCACUCCCCUUCCCCAGUACAAUGUCCCGGCCAUCAAAUGCACCGAUGGGCCCAAUGGCGUCAGAGGCUCACGAUUCUUCAACCCUGUGUCCGCACUCUGCAUCCCCUGCGGUAGUGGCCUAGGAGCAACGUGGAAUCCUGAAUUGAUCGCACAAGCCGGCCAGCUAUUGUCAAAAGAAUGCGACGCUAAAGGCGCCCAUGUCUGGCUUGGUCCAACGGUUAAUAUCAUUCGCUCGCCGCUGAACGGCCGUGGAUUCGAGUCCUUCUCCGAGGACCCGCACCUGAGUGGGAUGCUUGCCGCAGCCAUCAUCAGGGGUAUCCAAUCCCGGGGGACUCUUGCGGCUCUGAAGCAUUUUGUGGUUAAUGAUCAAGAGACUGAGAAAAUGUCCCUUGACGUGCGUAUGUCUGAAAGAGCACUGCGAGAGGUUUAUCUCUUACCUUUUCAGAUCGCUCUUAGAGAUAGCAAUCCCAGAGUGGUGAUGUCUUCUUACAACAAGAUUGGUGGCCUGCAUGUUUCUGAGAACCCCAUGAUUCUUCAAGACAUCCUGCGAAAAGAGUGGGGGUUUGAUGGCCUCAUCAUGAGUGACUGGUACGGCACUUAUUCUUGUGAGGCAGCGCUCAACGCUGGCGUUGACAUCGAGAUGCCCGGUCCUAGUCGUUACAGAGAGAAAGAAGCCCUUGCCGCGGUCUUCUCGGGCAAAGUUCACCAACACACCAUAGACGAACGAGCACGAAAAGUUCUGCAAUUCGUGAACGACGCGGCAUCAGCCCGUGUCGAGAAGGAGGAGACUAUACGAGAUGUUCCCGAGGACCGGACCCUGAAUCGUCGUUUGGCAGGCGAGAGUAUCGUGCUGCUAAAGAACUCUGCCAACCUCUUGCCAUUGUCACCCGAAGACUGCAGUGAAGUUGCUGUCAUCGGACCAAAUGCCGAGCUCGCAGCUGCAUGCGGAGGAGGCAGCGCAAGUCUCCGGCCCUACUACACCAGCUCCGUACUAAAGGGGAUCUGGGACUCUCUACCACCUACAGCCAAGGUACACCAUGAGCCUGGUGUUUACGGGCAUAUUUUGUUACCACCGUUCACAGAAGAAAGUGUUUGCGACGACGAAGGCCGGGGAGGUGUAACUAUCGAAUUGUUCAACGAACCACAUUCAACCAAAGAGCGGACGGCGUUUGACCGUGUCACAAUACCGGACACCACCUAUCAGCUCAUGGACUAUGAGCAUCCCAAGAAAGGAGACACUUUCUUCAUGUCCAUGCGCGCUCAGUUUGUCCCAGAACACUCUGGCACGUACGAAUUUGGCCUGGCCACUUAUGGCAUCGGCGACCUAUUCAUCAAUGAUGAGCCGGUCAUCGACAACUCAACAGGGCAAACGCCAGGAGGCAUGUUCUUCGGCAAGGGUUCAGCCGAAAAGCGAAUAACAUACGAGAUGACUGCUGGAAAGCGAUAUUGUCUACGCGUUGAGGCCGGUAGUGCUGCGACGUCGAAAGUGAAGGGCGGCUCGCUAUUGGCGAUCCCCGGUGGUGCGUGUCGGCUGGGUGGCUGCCGCAAGAUUGACCCUGAAGAGGGGAUCCAAAGAGCCGUCGAACUGGCAAAGAGAUGCAAACACACUUUUGUCGUUGCCGGACUAAAUGCGGACUUGGAAAAGGAGGGCAAAGACAGAGACACGAUGAACAUGCGACCACAAGUGGAUAACCUCAUCGCAGCUGUUCUGGAGGCACAGCCGAACACCAUUGUUAUCACUCAAGCCGGGAACCCAAUCGACAUGUCAUGGAGACAUAGUGCCAUCACAAUGCUUCACAGCUGGUACGGCGGCAACGAAGCGGGCAACGCCGUGGCGGACGUUGUCUUUGGACGCAUCAAUCCUAGUGGAAAGCUGCCAAUGACUUUCCCAGCUCGGCUAGAAGACAAUCCUGCAUAUCUUGGAUUCGGCAGCGACAACGGCACGGUGUACUACUCCGAAGACAUCUUUGUGGGGUACCGGUGGUACGAAGCGAGAAAGAUGGAGGUUGCGUUUCCAUUUGGGUACGUUGGCUCGUUUGUAUUGAACUUGAAGCCUGCAAGCUAA